AAGCUUUAAUUGAUAUAAAUGAUCCAGAAAAUAUCUUUUUGGAAAAUUUUUUAGGUGAUGUUGCAAAAAUUUAUAAUCAUGGUAAAACAUUCUUGACUUUUAAUGAAGAAAAAGAAAAUUUAUCAAAACAAAUUUUGCAAAUUAAAGAUGAAUAUAAUGAUUUAAUUAAAGAGAAGGAUAAAACAAUUGCAGAAUUUAAGGAAUCAAUAGCAAUAGUUAAGCUUAAUAAUAUCAGUCUAACAAAUAACAAUAAUGAUCUAAAUUCAAAAAUGUCAGAAAAAGAUGCUGCAAAUGAUAAAUUAAGAAAAGAAACAAUUGAAUAUCAAAAUCUUUAUUCAACGCUAGUAGCUAAAUAUAAUGAUUUAAGACAUGUCAACAGUCUAUCUAGAGAUAAAGCGCCUUACUUUAAAGUAGAGCAAGCCCUAGCUGUCUUUGAUACUGAUGAAGACAAAUGCAAUUACUUGAGAACUUAUUUGGACUUUUUGAAGCCUGAUAUCUCCAACAAGCGAAGAAGAAUUGGUGAUAGCAAUGAAGAACUGGGGGCUUGGAACGCUUUGAAGAGUGGAACAAAAGAAAACCAGUUUCUUCGGUUGUCUAAAGAGGCCUCCUAUAUUUUAGGUGAUGAUGAUAAAGGUUCCAAUCCACCUGCUCUGUUCAUCCGUGAUUGCUAUAUUCACCUUUCAGAGAUUAUUCUUGAGGAUGACAAUAUCCGCCGUUUGCGUAUUACUGGCAAUCCGGGAAUUGGAAAGACCUUCUUUGGUUAUUACCUACUUCAUCUGCUUGCAAUGCGAAAUAAGACAGUUAUAUAUCACAAAUGUAACAAAACACCAAUUCUUUUCAGUGAAGAAGCUGUUUAUCAUAUUUACCAAGAUAAUAUUUAUGAAUUCAAUGAUUUUCUGAUGAAAAGAGAUGUAUGGUAUAUUGUGGAUGGCCGAGAACCAUCAGAUAUUCAUGCAAAGACAAUUCUUAUCUGUUCACCCCAGAAGCAUUACUAUCACAAAUUCGACAAGCUUGGUACAAUUAUUCGGUAUAUGCCAGUGUGGUCAUAUGUAGAAAUCAAGAAAUGCAAAGAUAAACUUUUUCCUGAUCUUAAUCAAGAAUUGGUUCAAAGCUUAUACAAUAAAUGGGGCGGGAUUCCUCGUUAUACAUUGUAUUAUGCGCUUAAUGAUAGUCAACAAGAUCUUCUCCAAAUGGCAAUUAGCACUUUUUUGGAAAAUUUUUUAGGUGAUGUUGCAAAAAUUUAUAAUCAUGGUAAAACAUUCUUGACUUUUAAUGAAGAAAAAGAAAAUUUAUCAAAACAAAUUUUGCAAAUUAAAGAUGAAUAUAAUGAUUUAAUUAAAGAGAAGGAUAAAACAAUUGCAGAAUUUAAGGAAUCAAUAGCAAUAGUUAAGCUUAAUAAUAUCAGUCUAACAAAUAACAAUAAUGAUCUAAAUUCAAAAAUGUCAGAAAAAGAUGCUGCAAAUGAUAAAUUAAGAAAAGAAACAAUUGAAUAUCAAAAUCUUUAUUCAACGCUAGUAGCUAAAUAUAAUGAUUUAGUUCAAGAAUAUAAUAACUUAAAAGAAGAGCUAAUACCACAAAUAGCUAUGAAUGUAGGAUUGACUGAAACUAAUAUCAAAUAUGAAAAACAAUAUAAUCAAUAUGUCAGUCAGUUGAACAGAUUAAAAAAACAUAAUUCAGAAUUACAACUUCAACAUGAUCGCAUUAUGACUAAAGCAGGCCAAUAUGUCUUUAUAUGUUGUCCAGAAAUUUCAGUACGGGAAUGGCAUCCAUUUACAUUAAAAUCAGCAUCCGAAGAAGAUUAUGUUUCAAUAAAUCAUUUACAAUUACAACAAGAGUUGCCCAAAAUUAUGGUUGAUGGACCUUAUAGCGGUGCUUCUGAAGACUAUCGUAUCCCUUACUUAACAAAAUCUACGCACCUUUGUAAAGUUUAUUUUUUCUGGGUUAGUCAUGAUUAUGCAUCGUUUGAAUGGUUCCAAUCACUAUUAAUGGCAAUAGAAGAACAAGAUAUUGAUCAAUUUAUAGAGAUACAUACAUAUCUUACUGUUCCACUACGUAAAUCAGAAAUUGCAAUACAUUUGCUAAUGAUGAUGGAAAUCUUAAGGACACCAUCACCGGUCUAUAAUUACCAACUCAUUUUUGCAGGCCAAAUUGGGAUAAGAUAA